AUGUUCCCCAGCCCCAGCACGUCCACUCCCUUCUCUGUAAAGGAUAUAUUAAACUUGGAGCAGAAUCACGACGUUAUGGUAUCUUUGGACAUUUCCCCUCAAAUGGACUGCUGCACCGUGCCGACAUCCUCUUCUUCGUCCUCCUGCAUGCUGGCCAGACUGAAGCAAGAGCCUCUCCGGGACAUGUCCUCCUCCACCGCUGCCUCUCUGUUAGGGGAGGACGUCCAAGACUCCAAGCCCGGCAGAGGCAAUCCGUUCAAUUUUGUUUCUACCUUUUAUGGAAAAUCCCUCAUGGAAAUGGACAUGGAGAAGGGUGGGAAAUCAGAUGCGUUUGAGGAGAAACGAAGAAAAGAGGACUUCAGUGUUCCGGCCGAGCCUGUGGAAGACAUAAAGCCCGAUGAUCCGGACCGACCCAGACCCCGGAGGCGCAGGAAGCCACGGGUCCUCUUUUCCCAGGCGCAGGUGUACGAACUGGAGCGCCGCUUCAAGCAGCAGAGGUACCUGUCCGCCCCGGAGAGAGACCACCUGGCGGGUGUGCUCAAACUCACCCCAACCCAAGUGAAGAUCUGGUUCCAGAACAGAAGGUAUAAGUGCAAGCGGCAGAGGCAGGAUCAGAGCCUGGAAAUGGUGUCUCUGCCGCCGCCAAGGAGGGUGUCGGUGCCUGUGCUGGUACGGGACGGGAAGCCUUGCCUGGCGGCGGACACGGCAGCCUAUAACCCCCCCUACAGCGUGGGCCCUCUGAACCAUUUCACUUACAACAACUACCCAGCUUUCAGCAGCUACACCAGCCCCGGCUGCAGCACGAACUAUGCAUGCAGUUACCCCGCAGCCACGACUAUGCAGGGGUCGUCCAACAACGGGAAUUACAUGAACUUUGGGGUCGCGGAGCUGAAUAAUGUACAGAACACAUUCUCUCCCAGUAAUGGGGUAUCGUCCUUACACGGCAUUAGAACGUGGUAA